CUUGUUUAUUUGAACACAGCAUUAAAUACAAGCCCGUUAAAGGGUAGGAUCACGUCUAUAAAAAUAGCUCAGCAAGAUGAACAACACAGCAAUAAUAAAAGAAAACAACAGCAAUAAUAAUAAUAAUAAGAUCCAGCACCAAUAUGGUGGCAUUUCGAUUCGCACCGAAUGCGACUGCGACGAUGAUUUUGUUGAUGAUUAUUCUGUCAGUCGCAGCGGAGGACAUGAUAUUUUCAGGGGAAAGCCUGACUGCAGGCCAGUUUCUGGAGAGGGGCCCGUACACGCUCGUGAUGCAGUCCGACUGCAACCUGGUGCUGUACGUCAACAAGAGCCGGGCGCUCUGGUCGUCGCAGACCGACCGCAAGGGUACCGCAUGCCGCGCGGAGCUGCAGAGCAGCGGGAACCUGGUCGUGUUCUCCGGCGGCGGCGGCGACGUGCUGUGGACGAGCAACAGCGCGCGGGGGCCCAACAGCUACCGCCUCGUCGUGCAGGGCGACGGCAACGUCGUCAUUUACGGCGCCGCCGUGUGGGCGACCAACACCGUGCAAAGUAGGAGCUAGGAUUGAGGCUUCUGGGGGUUUUUGCUUUUCUACCGCUGUUGCUGUGUGUCGCAUCGUCAAUGUUUACGGUUUCAAUGAAGGUACAAAACUUACGUGAA